AUGAAAAAAAAAAACAUCGCGGCGGCCACUAGCUACGGCAAGGUGAAAAGCCGUGUGAACCGUUAUGAUAUGAAUGGUUCCUACAAUUUUAAUGAAACCAAGAAUGGCGGAAAGGUGCCAGGGGGAGGGACUCCGGGGGAUGGGAAGAAGAGUCGGCCGGAGGCGCCCCCCGCCGGGAAGGCCGCCAAUAGCGCGGUGACUAGCCCCCAGAACAGCGGCGGAGGAAACGCGCACCACGCGCAGGCGGCAAAGUAUGUCAAGAACGCCUAUCCGUAUGAUUAUAACGCGUACGGCCCCAAGAAAGUUGGAGAGUACAAGGAGAAAAUGAAGGGUCCCAUGAAGGGUGCAGGUCACGGGGGCGACGGUGGUGCUCACGGUGAGGGACGAAGUAGUCAGGCGGGAAUGAACAGCGGCGGUGCCCCGGAUGGUAAGGCCAUCGCAGGUGGUUCGAAGGGGAAUGUGGAUGACGCGAAUGGGGCGAACAUGAAUGGUGGUAACGCGAAUGGAGGUAACACCACUGGGGUUCAUCCUAGUGGCGCCAAUUUGAGCAACACAAAUGCAGGUAGAAGCCAAAACACAGGGCGGAAAGGAAACAAAAACGAAAACCUAAACGAAGAAGUCAGCCUGCUGAGGGAAAAAAUUUGUUUUAAAAUGCUCAAAAGCAUAGAUAUAUACAUCACCGAAAUUAUUAUGAAGUCCUCAUUUGUGACGGUUUACAAGAUGAAGGAGGAUGAAUUAAAAUGGGUGCGAGCUGACAUUGAAGGUUUCCUUUACAUCGUUAGGAGGUCCAUUAAGCCAACGUACCGACUUAUAAUCACCAACAAGAAAAAUGAAAAUCAUUUGGUACAGGACAUCCACGGACGUAUUAACCUGUCGACGGAUCAAAAUUAUAUUUUUUAUCGUGUGCAUAAUGAAGAGAGUAACUUGAAGAGUACCUACAGUUUGUGGUUUUACAGCACCGAAGAAAAGGAGAAGAUAUAUAGUAUGCUGAGAGAGCUAGUGGACAGGGGGGCAGGUGCUCCGUCCGUCAGUGGUGCCGCCAACCUGGGAAGCUCGGACGUUAGUGGAAUUGCGAAUGGGGCCAACGUAGGCUAUGUGCACAGUAAAAAUAUUAACUUUAUACUGUCCAAAGGUGAAGGUGGCGUUAGCGAGGGAGCUGCCAUAGGAGGGAUGGCGGUAGGAGGAAUGGCGGCAGGAGGGAUGACGACAGGAGGGAUGGCGGCAGGAGGGGUCGCGCCAGGAGGAGGAAUUAUGGGGGCGAAUCCGAACGAUUCUUCGUCCAAGAGUGUGCUGCUGAAUGGACACGACGAGGAGCUACUCAAGGGAGGGGCGAUUAGCGGCGCGGACCACGCGCAGAGAAAGGCAAAUGCUAAGAACGGCAUUCCCAUGAUGGCACCGGACAGUGGCAGGGACAACGAUUACGAAAAAAAUUUUGAGUUGAUGGGGAACAAUAAGCUAGAGAAUUUAUAUGCGAAGAUGAACAUCCCCCUGGGUGAGGGUGGGCACAUACCCCCAGGAGCUGCCAACGCUAUUUAUGGGAAUUAUUUGAAGCAGCUAUAUAAGUCUAGCGGAGGCGUGAACGGCAUGGACGGCAUGGAGGCCAUUGGGCAGAGAGGCAAAAUGAAGGAUACGCCGGGGGAGGAAGGCCUCGCGGGGUGCGACUCGAACGUGAAGGGGGGGGCGCAGCAAAACAGCGUCGAUUUUAAUGACAAGGUUGGAAGGAAGCUGCUCUACCUCAUUAAGGGGCUGCCCAUGGAGGGCGAAAGGGGCGUCGAAAAAGGAGGCGAGAGGGGCGGCGAAAAAGGAAGCGAUAAUUUGAAGAAGUUAUCAGGGCCCGACUUUUACGAGGGUAGAAAGAGCGAAGAUAUGCCACGGGGCGGUGGAGGUGGAACGAACAACCCUGCUGUGGACCCCAAGGGAGGAGGUGGCGGCGGCGGCUACCCGAAUGACAAGGGCAGCGCCAUUUCCGGGGGAGAAGCCAUCAUGAACCUACUGGGGUUGAGCAAGAACAGCGACGUGAAGGAGGACGAGGUGGAGGAUAAGAAGAAGAAAAAGAAGAAGAAGGGCGCAAGUGGGGAAGGUCCUUCCGGCGGGGGCGCGAAUGGAAGUGCGAAUGGGAAUGCCGCUGCAAUUGCAAUUGUAAAUGCGAAUGCCAGCAGUGGCGCCAUUACCAGCGGUGAUAACGCAGGAAUGAACCAGAUGGGCAGCGCGCUCGGCGCCAAAGGGUUCGAGGCCAACAUGCAAAAGAGAGGGCUGCAGCUGAGGGAGAUGCAACUGAGGGAGUUGCAGUUUAGGGAAAUGCAGCUGAGGGAGAUGCAGCUCAGGGGGAUGCAGAUGAAUGGGCUGGUCAUGAAUGGGGUGCCAAUUAACGGAAUGGCGAUGAAUGGGAUGUUGCCGAGUGGGAUGCCGCCUAACGGGAUGCUGCCAAAUGGGGUUCCGCCAAACGGAAUGCCUCCUAACGGAAUGCCGCCAAACCUGAUGCAGAUGCAUCACCCCCAAGGGAACGACCUGCAGAUGCUCCCCCUCCCCGCGGAAGAGAUGAACGGAAAGGCCAUGAAAUACGCAAAGGGAAAAUCAGACUGCAGCGAAGAACCCGUAAGCAACAACCACCCGGUGGAGAAAGCCUACCUUGAGAGACCGUCAUUUCAAAACAACUCCAUCGAGAGUUUGCACAGCAAAGAAGUGGAAGUGAUUAAUGGAAACAUGGACGAUGAGAAACAGAUGACCAGCGCGUUGCUUAACAUUAUUAAGCAGAAAGGGGAUAGAGCGAACCAUGUGCAGGGGUUUGAAGGUGCAAAUCAUCACGGGGGUCAUGACGGUAUGAACGAGUUCCACCCAGAUUCGUAUGAAAUGCUUUUGAAGAUGCAGGGCGGGGGUGGAAGUGGAGAGAGGAGGGCUAAGAGUGGCCAGCGAGUGACCAACCGGAUGGGCAGUCAUGUUGGGAGUCAAUUAGGAAGCCAACUGGGAAGCCACCUUGGAAGUCAUCUGGGGAGCAAUCUGGGGAGUCACCUCGGGAGCCACCUCGGGAGCCACCUCGACAAUCGCAGCCACAACGGCCCAUUUGAUGAGGGCGAAAUGCCAAGGAGGAAUAAUCACCCCGGGUACAGCCCCCACGAUAAGCAGCUGCUCAAGUAUGAAGACGAGAGGAUGGACAGCUUCAGCGGCGUGGAGGACUACAAGAACAGGAGCAUCCUGCUGAGCAGGAACACCAUCCAUAACGUCAUCAAGGAGACUUUGCAGUCGGACGAGUUUGUCAAUUUGUUGUGGGAAAAGUUGGUAACGAGUAAAAAUAUCAUGUAG